AUGGCUCUUGCGCUGGACCUGACGCCACAGCCACUGAGCACGGGCGCGUCGAGCAGCAGGUCUAGGACCGCCGACGCGAGUGUCCAAGCUCAUCUUCUCCCUGCCCUUCCCUCGGCACCGCACGUUCCUUUGCCAUCGCUCUCAUCACCACUCCCAACCCCGUCUUCCUUGGCCUCUCCCUCGACCCCCUUCCCCUCCGGCUCAGCCCCCUCCGCCGUCUCGGCACCCCUUGCUGCAGCCUCACGCCCCUGUCCAUCACAGCCCACCACCUCGCGCUCAGAGCCGUCGCUUCCAACACCGCCGGCGUCCGCUACUAAUAGUUGGCCCUCGACUCCACCACCUUCCUCGGCCCACCUGACGCCUGGCCUGCUCCUCUGUCCUCCCGUUGACUUGACGCGGUGCUCUUCGUUCUCGUCGUUCGCCACCGACGACUCGGACGCCAUGGACAUGAGCGACUUUGACAUCCGGGAGCUCUGCGGCGGUGAUUGGCAGCGGUAUCCUCCUCUCAAGGCGACCGAACCGCCAGCGCAGGCUCCGUCCCCUGUACCUUCCUCGUUCGACACUCAUGAAUCCUACAGCUCACGAGCCUCGCUCGACGAAGACUCCCUGCCUGAGCAUCCCUAUGUGGACGGAUUUAGUACCUACAUCCACCCCAGCUUACGGAAACAAUCCAAGCACACCAAGUCGUCGAGCGGCGGCGCAUAUCCUGAACGCACCUCAUCGCGCCGGCCCUCCCACAUACGCCGAAGCAGAUCCGCGUCCAACUUUGCGUCCAUGUUCCAGUCGGACGAAGCACCCCCUCCUGUUCCUCCUCUUCCCAUUCACUCUCCCACCAUCACCACUCAGCGAUCACCCAUUGUUCCAGCUCUCAUGAUGAGGGGACCGUACCCGGUCACGAAUCCUGACAAAGCACUGCCGACAGAUGACUGUGCCGUCUCGCCUCCGCCACUGCCUCCCAAGACACCCGACCUUCCGAAGAGUUCGUCGGCAGAGCUGGUCAGCAUUAACGAAGCGGCAGCCAUGGCGGUUAGGAGACGCACACGCUCAGGACCCCAGCCCAUGCCGUUGUUCACCUCAUACCAUGGCAACCUGAGCCGAAGCGUUGACACGCCACCGCGGCUGCACACGACGAACAAACUGUACGCCUCGCCGCGUCAGCCUCAUCGUCGUGCGCACUCUGUCCAGCACUCCAUCAGGGACUCAAAGUUGAUUCCAGACUUUACGCUCCCCAGCCGAUCGUCGUCACGCCAGUCACUCAAAGAGAGCAUCAGCGGCCCUGCUCCUGUCUUACCUGACAAGCUGAUGCCUUCGUCCUACAACACCCCGUACCCGACCAGGUCCGCGCCCUCUCCGCCCCAGCAACCGGUCCGGCGACCGAUAGGCUCUCAUCGACCCGCCCCGCCGCCCCCGGAUCUGUCCGCGGUGUUCUCGAGCCAGCGCCCGCUCCCGCCUCUGCCUGAUGUUCCAGCGUCGCCAGUCGCGGCCGUCUCGCCAGUCUCACCCUUACCGCGGAGCAUAACGCUACCCGUGAUCUUGACUCCGCCGACAGUGAAGCCGGUGCCGGUGAAGCGGCGCAUCUCCAUCCUGAAGAACCCGCUGAAGGUCGACGCCUCCGAGCCGACAUCACCAGGCUCGCUUGCAAAGCAGCAAGCCCAGGCAUGGCGCAAGGCAGUGCACGACGAGGCGAUCGCGGCGCUCCGCCCGCCGAUGGUACCGGCACUUGAGCGCUCGUUGUCGAUCUCGUCGGCCUCGGUCUCGUCUCCGACUAAGAGUCUGGCCGAGCUUGCGGCAGACUGGGACGCGGCGAUGACUGAGUCGCCGAAACGCAACGUUUCGAGCACGUUCUCGAGCGACACGCCGCUCACGCCCGAUCUCGAGCUCGAGAAGAACCCCUUCGAUACAGCUGCCGCCAAGAUCGUUGUGACCGAGAGCUCGCCGCGGUCGGUCGGCAGCUAUGGAGUGCCCUUCUGA